AUGGUGACUUCUGUCGAUGAUCGGCGGUUCGGCUACCUCGAGAAGGGCGGCGGCAAGCUGCCCUCCCCCUUCGUCUCCGGCGCCGGUGACUCUUUCUCCAACGGCGGCGCCACCUCCUUCCGCCGUCACCAUCACCACCACCACCACCACGAGGACUCCGACGAUGAGGACCCCGACUACGAGGAAUACAUCGCGGCAUUGAAGGCCUCGUCGGGGGCAGGAGAGAUUGAGCCGUCGGCGCUGGACGCGAGGGACGAGGCCACUGCCGACGCAUGGGUGGAGCGCAACUCCAGCCUGAUCCGGCUGACGGGGAAGCACCCUUUCAACUCAGAGCCACCGCUGAGGCGGCUCAUGCACCAUGGCUUCAUCACCCCCAUCCCCCUCCACUACGUGCGCAACCAUGGCGCCGUCCCAAGGGGGAAAUGGGAGGACUGGUCCGUCGAGGUGGGUGGCCUCGUCCGGCGGCCCCGCCGCCUCACUAUGGACGAGAUCGCCGGGGAGUUCGCUGCCAGGGAGCUGCCCGUCACGCUCGCCUGCUGCGGCAACCGGCGCAAGGAGCAGAACAUGGUGAAACAGAGCAUCGGGUUCAAUUGGGGCGCCGCCGGCGUGUCCACCGGCGUGUGGCGCGGCGCUCGCCUCUGCGACGUCCUCCGCCGCUGCGGAGUCAUGCGGCCCCCCACCGGCGGUGCCGCCACCGGCGGCGCGCCGCCGAGGAUGAACGUCUGCUUCGAAGGCGACGAGGACCUCCCAGGCGGCGGCGGCUCCAAGUACGGCACCAGCCUCCCUCUCGAGGUGGCCCUGGACCCUGCCAAUGACAUCAUCCUCGCCUACAUGCACAACGGCGAGUUCCUCUCUCCGGACCACGGCUUCCCGGUGAGGAUGAUCAUUCCUGGGUACAUCGGCGGGCGGAUGGUGAAAUGGCUGAGGAGGAUCCUGAUCACUACGGCGGAGUGCGACAGCUACUACCAUUACCACGACAACAAGGUCCUUCCUUCCUUUGUGGACGCCGAACUCGCCAAGGCCGACGGUAAGGCCAUCGACGCCGGCCCUGUUUUCUCUCUACGCCAUGAAAUCUGCUCUGCUCGACCAUAACGUCUCCUGCUCCUGCCAUCGCAACAGGUUGGUGGUACAGACAAGAGUACAUGAUUAAUGAGCUCAACAUCAACUCCGUCAUCACCACCCCCGCCCACGACGAGAUCCUCCCCAUCAACUCCGUCACCUCCCAGAGGUCUUACACCAUGAGGGGAUACGCCUACGCCGGUGAGCCUCUCUCUCUCUCUCUCUCUCUCUCUCUCUUUCAAGUCGGGUUCCCUUUUAGAGCUCCUCCGGGCGUGCAAGUUGGAGGUUCUUCAGAAGGAUGUCCCAUUAGCAUUAUGCCAGGCCUUGUCGUUCCCGGGCACUUGCCAGGGGAUCGACGUGUAGUCCUCGUCACCAUGUAGAAGGGAGGUCGGCGCUGGGAUGGGGACGAAGGAGCGGUCCCUUUCUGUGCCAGCAGCCUUUCGCUAAUUUCCGUCCGUCUUCCUCUUGCUCGAGUAGGAGGGGGAAAGAAGGUGACGCGGGUUGAGGUCACGCUGGACGGCGGUGAGACAUGGUUGCAGUGCGAGCUCGACCAGCCUGAGUGGCCCAACAAGUACGGCAAGUAUUGGUGCUGGUGCUUCUGGUCCGUCGAUCUCGAGGUCCUCGACCUGCUCGGCGCGAAGGAGAUCGCCGUCCGAGCCUGGGACCAGGCCCUCAACACCCAGCCGGAGAAGCUCAUCUGGAAUGUCCUCGUGAGUGCCCUAUCGCCUCCUCCUCCUCCGGCGUUGCUGCCAUGAAACUAACUGGUUGAUUGUCUAUCGCUGUGGCAGGGAAUGAUGAACAACUGCUGGUUCCGGGUGAAGGUGAACGUGUGCCGGCCGAAUAGGGGAGAAAUAGGGCUUGUGUUCGAGCACCCGACGAAGCCGGGGAACCAGACGGGAGGGUGGAUGGCACGGGAGAAGCACCUUGAGGUCACCGAGGGGCAGUCCAUGAAAAAGAGCAUCUCCAGCCCCUUCAUGAACACCACCACCAAACACUACUCCAUGUCGGAGGUGCGCCGGCACAGCACGAGGGACUCGGCGUGGAUCGUCGUCCACGGGCACGUCUACGACUGCACGAGCUUCCUCAAGGACCACCCCGGCGGCGCCGACAGCAUCCUCAUCAACGCCGGCACCGACUGCACCGAGGACUUCGACGCCAUCCACUCCGAGAAGGCCAAGUCCAUGUUGGAGACCUACCGCGUCGGCGAGCUCAUAACCACGGGAUACCUCUCCGACACCUCCAACCACGGCGCCAACAACCUCGCCCUCCUCUCCUCCAUCGCGGAGGCGGCGCCGCCGCCGCGUAGGGCCGUCGCUCUUGUCCCCCGGGAGAAGAUUCAGUGCAGGCUUGUCUCCAAGACCUCGAUUUCCCACGACGUCCGCCGCUUCCGCUUCGCCCUGCCGGCGGCGGACCAGGUGCUGGGCCUCCCCGUCGGCAAGCACAUCUUCCUCUCCGCCCUCGUCGACGGCAAGGCCUGCAUGCGAGCGUACACCCCUACGAGCACCGACGGUGAGAUCGGCCAUUUCGAGCUGGUCGUGAAGGUAUACUUCAAGGACGUCCACCCCAAGUUCCCCAGGGGGGGGCUCAUGUCGCAGCACCUCGAUUCCCUCCCCCUCGGCGGCGCCGUCGACGUGAAGGGCCCCCUCGGCCACAUCGAGUACACCGGCGCGGGCAACUUCUCCGUCAACGGCGAGUGGAAGCGCGCGAGGAAGCUCGCCAUGGUCGCCGGCGGCACGGGCAUCACGCCCAUCUACCAGGUGAUGCAGGCGGUGCUCAGGGACCCGGAGGACCAGACGGAGAUGCAUCUGGUGUACGCCAACCGGAGCGAGGACGAUAUCCUACUGCGAGAGGAGCUGGACGGCUGGGCGAAGGAGCGGAGCGAGCAGCUGAAGGUGUGGUACGUGGUGAACGAGGCUAAGGAUCCCGGCUGGACCUACAGCGUCGGGUUCGUCACCGAGGAGAUCCUCCGGCAGCGGGUGCCGGCGGCGGCGGAAGACGUGCUGGCGCUGGCCUGCGGCCCGCCACCAAUGCUGCAGUUCGCCGUGGUACCCAACCUCGAGAAGAUGGGUUACGACGUCAAGAACGCCCUGCUCCAGUUCUGA